UCACUGAUGUGCACUAAUGAGGCUGCACUGAUGGGCACUGAUAGGCUGCACUGAUGGACACUGAUAGGUGGCACUGAUGGGCACUGAUGAGGAGGCACUGGUAGGUUGCACUGAUGGGCAUUGACAGGCAUCACUGAUGGGCACUGAAAGGCAGCACUGACUGGCACUGUUAAGUGGCACUGAUUGGCAUUGAUAGGUGGCACUGACUGGCACUGAUGGGUGACAUUGAAAGGCAGCUCAGAUGGGCACUGAUAUGUGGCAUUGAUGUGCACUGGUUGGCACUGAUGAGCACUGACAGGUGGCACUUCUGGGGCCACACUGAUCAUCAGGGCACACUGAUCAUAAGUGCCCUGAUGAUCAGUGUACAU